UAUUGACUUCAUUUUGGUGAGGUUGUGUGUAAUUCCGCUGUUGAUCACUUGAUGGUGGCGCACUAUUUAGUUUGAGCCUGAAAUUUUGAAAGGAAACGCAACACUGAAAGUAUCUUAGCACAGCCUAUUUUUUGUUGAAUAUUAUUAAAUGCCAUCCUCUGUAAUCCUGUUUUUUAUGUCGACACAAAGUGACAACUUUUCAUGUAUGCUAGGGCAUUUUCCUUCAUAGGCACACAGGGUCUUGUUGGGCUUCUAAGUGAAGUGAACGUCAAUGGGGAUGUGCACGGGGCAACGCGAAGGUGAAGUGAAUGUUAUGGGUGAGGCGAGAUGGUAAAACUUCCAUCCAUCCUUUGAGAAGGACGCUUUCUUCCCUCGUGGUGCAGACAUGGAGGUUAUAGGCACAAUGCAAAAGGAGUAAACACGCUGCAUUAUACAUGUGUCAAAAAUGCAUUUGGCUGCAUGUCCCGGGUUCGCUUGUUAUCUACAAAGCGGGUGCCAAACGUCUGCGGCGGCCGAUAUCAAAGUGGGACGUUGGCAGCACAGAGAAGUGUGUCAGCGAAGCAGUCACCAGAGAGACUCCACUGCAAACGACUAAUUGUGAAGCCAGAACACCCUGUGUUUGUUUCGGGAGGAGAGGAGGGGCACGAAGGGCCAUUUUUUGGUCCUUCCCAUCCAAGUUUAUAUCACGGCGACCUAGUAAAAAAACAAUCAAUUGAAUGCCCAUUGUGUCGGUCUUUCUGGUGUUCCUGUCUUCGCCACAUGGGGUCAGUGUAAGACAUGCAAGUGAAUAAAGAGUUCAUUUUGGCAAUUAUGAAUCCCACUACAGUUCUAUGCAGUCCUGCUACCAGACGGAAAGACUUACCUUUGUCGUUUUCAAUAUACAACAUAUAAAUCACUCAGUUUCACUGUAUACAUCAAUAAUGAUGAGGAGUCUCUCUGGACCCAAUAAAUGAGAAGCCUUUGAACUCGUUGACCACCUUUUUCUGGCACUGACAACAUGCGUGCCCCUGCAAUCACCUUCUCCACCUUCAAGAUCUUCUCGCACGCUUAUUAUCAGUGCUGCAUGAUGUCUCCGCAGUGUGUAGACCAACGUAACACCCCCGAAAGUGUAGCCCAUCUCAGUUCCAGUGGCCGAUACAAAGACGUGUUUGUAUGCAUAAUAUGAACGCCCGGUAGGCGGCCCUGCACUGCAGGCAACCUCGAACACACCUCGCCCUCACCCUAUGAGCACAGGUGGAGCAGGCCAGCAUCACUGGGACCAAUUAGAGCAGAGCUCAGGAGUCCUGUUAGGAAGGGGCGGAGUUGCUGUCUCUGACGUCACCCAGCGGGUAGUCACAUGCUCCCACGGUCCAAUCGGGUUUCCGAGGAGAGCCCAUCGAGACCCCCGCAAAGUGAAGACGUAUCGCUCGGCAUCCACCACCACACACUCCAACCCCACCAAAGUGAGUGAGAAAGUGGGCGGAGCCGAGGGAACCAAGCUCGAUGAGGACUUCACCGAAAUGGAAAAGAAGGUGGACACGACCACCCGGGCCGUCAUCGAUAUCAUGACCAAGACGACCGAGUAUCUGCAGCCCAAUCCAGCCACCAGAGCCAAGAUGAGCAUGAUGAACUCCAUGUCUCGCAUGCGUGGUCAGGAGAAGGGACCCGGAUACACCCAGACAGAAGCCAUCCUGGGAGAGUCCAUGCAGCGCUUCGGUCGCGAGCUCGGCGAGGAAUCCAAUUUCGGCCUGGCUCUGAUCGACGCCGGGGAGUGCAUGCGUGAGCUGGCAGAGGUUAAGGACGCCCUGGACAUGGAAGUCAAGCAGAACUUCAUCGACCCGCUGCAGAACCUUCACGAGAAAGACCUCAAGGAGAUCCAGCAUCACCUGAAGAAGAUGGAGGGCCGGCGUUUGGACUUUGACUACAAGAAGAAGCGGCAGGGCAAAGUGACAGAUGAAGAGCUCAAGCAAGCGCUGGAGAAGUUCGACGAGUCCAAGGACAUCGCCGAGCUCAGCAUGUUCAACCUGCUGGAGAGCGACAUCGAGCAGGUGAGCCAGCUGGCGGCAUUGGUCCACGCUCAGGUGGAAUAUCACAGCCGGGCGGCCGAGAUCCUCACGCAGCUGUGCAGCAAGAUUGACGAACGGAUAAAGGAUUGUUCCCACAAGCCCCGGAAAGAAUACACCCCCAAGCCUCGCACCACUCUGGACUUCUCCUCCAUCAGUGAGAACCACAACGGAGGCAUACACAGUGCUCGUUCUCCGGGGGCGAGGUCGCCAGCCCGGUCUCCAGCAAGAUCUCCAGCUCGGUCACCAGCCCCCAUGGACCAGCCAUGCUGCCGCGCCCUCUACGACUUUGACCCGGAGAACGAAGGCGAGCUGGGUUUCAAGGAGGGCGACAUCAUCACCCUGACCAACAAGAUCGACGAGAACUGGUACGAGGGGAUGUUGCACGGCAACUCGGGCUUCUUCCCAAUCAACUACGUGGACAUCCUGGUGCCCCUGCCGCACUAGAGCGCCACCUGCCGCUCGUGACGCGAAUGCAGUAAAACGGCUGCUUAAGAAAUCAACAAAUAAAGCAUCUAUCCCCCCCAACCCCGCUGAAACAACCUCGCAUUCCCGAUUGAGCCCAACCUAAGCAGCCCAAUCUGCUCUUUGCAACAAUAAAGCAACAAGCAGCCGGCGCAUAGUUUCAACUCUGCCUCCGCGUGCUAGUUCCAACCCAGACCGCCCCCGAUGUCAUCAUUCCCACUCCGCCAUCCCACUUGAUGUCCGUCGCUGUACUUUGUGAACGUCCACUGCGGUAGAUAGAAGUUUCUCCGGUUAAACACAUCGUUUGUUAGCAAUCAAAAGAGAAAGUGUUUAUAAACCUAUUUGACAUCCUUCAUCGUUUUAUUUUUUUUUAUUUUAAUUUUUUUUUUCGGCACGCUGGGGAAAUGACAACGUUGGGUUUGCGAUCCCUUUCUUUGGAGUUUUCACGUUUGUAACCCUUCAGGAUUUGGGUUUGCAGUCGCCUCAGCGUAUUGUGUAAAGUGGGGGUUCAGAUACCAAAUUAGCAAAAAAAAAAAAAAAAAAAAAAAAAGAAAGUUAACGAUCACUCAUUUUUUUCGGAAUUUUUAUUUUUGCAUGUGGGGGGGGAACAGUGUCUUGUGUGUGUGUGUGUGUGUGAAAUUCCACGUCUGAGCCAGUGAUUAGUAAAGCGAUCACUUGAUUUUUCCCGAAAGAUGCAACUUGUGACGUAACAUGAGAAAACAUCGUGUUUGCUUCCUUUGAGAUAAAACGUUUUUGUUUUUUUGUUUUUUGGUUUUUUUUUUUUUUUAAUUUUGUCCUGUUCUCAAAAAAAAAAAAAAACAUACAUCAAAUGUUUGUUAAAUAGCUAUAAAAAA